AUGAAUCCCUUUAAUCAAAGGGAACUAAGGGGAGCAGCAAACGGGACGGAGGCAGCAAAAGUGGAAGCAGCAUCCUCGGAAGCAGCAACAAGUACCUCUGUGUCUCAUGUCUUCUCCAUAUUUGUGAUUUUGUGGCUGCUCAAGCCCGUGCAUGAGCAGCAUCAUCAGAGGCGGGAGCAGCAGCUGGAGCAGCAGCUGCAGCAGCAGUUGCAGCAGCAGCCGCAGCAGCAGCUGCGGCUGCCGCGAAGUUCCUGGUGA